UUAUGACAGUUACAAAGCAAUAAAGAGGAAUGUCAAAAAUUUUGUUUACAAAAACAACAAUCGAUUGAAAUUUCUUUAAAAUGGCACAUUUACAGUUUGUAGAUGAAUUGGUACGAGAAUAUCUGUUGUUUAGAGGAUUUACUUCUACUGUAAAGGCAUUUGAAAAUGAUCUGAAAGCUGAUAAAGAUAAGGGUUUCAGAGUUGAUAAAAUUGUUGAACAAAUUGUACAUUAUAUAAAUGCUUCGGAUCUUAAUGGACUAAAAGAAUACUGGACUCAUCUGGAUAGUUUAGUAUUUUCAAAACUUGAAGUUCAUGUUCAACCAGCUGUUCGAAAAAUAGAAUAUAGUCUAUAUAAACUGUACUUGGUAACAGCUGCACAGAGUACAGGUGGUGUAAAGAAUGAAAAAGUUGCAGAAUUUUUUGCAAAAAUGCUGCCAGAAUUGCAGGGACAAAGUGAAUGGAGGGAUUGGUUUAUGUUACCUUACAUACAAAAGCCAGAGGAAAAUCCCUCAUUCAGUCUGUAUUUCACAAGGGCCUGGCAAGAUAGUGUGCUGGUAUCCUUACAUAAUCUUCUAGCUACUGUAUUUCAAUGUAUGCCGCAACCAACACUUACAAGUUAUGAGAGUGAUGCAGCUUUGGUUAAGAGGUUGCAAGAGGAAAUAGCUUUAUUAAAGGGAAAGUCACUACAACCACAGAAUGACAAAAUAUCUCCAAGUGGACAUCAGUCACGUCUGACACAGUAUUCAGAAAGACUGAGUGGCCCACUCCCAUUGAUCGACGAUUUCUCAGCUAUACCUGCUGAACAAUUAGAUAGUGGGUUACGAGAAGCAAAAGGACUGAGAGGCUUGCUUCGACAAAUGGGUGGUAGCCCUGUCAUGGGCAGGAAACCAGGAAGAUCUCAUAGUCAAAACUAAGUAACUUACAUCUUUUAAAAAAGUAUAAUACAUUAUAAUAUAACAUGUAUAGAUAAUUAUUAUUACAAUAAAUGGAAAUAUAUUCUAA